AUGAAGAAGGUGUCCACUCUUAGAGUGUUUUUGGUCAUUGACGCCAUCAUAAUUCUACUCCUGUACUUCAAUGCAGACAAAUAUUGCGACGUCCCAUUGAGUAUCCUUCCUUCGUCCCUAGGCGUUCACCAUGUCAGAAAGCAUUUUGGAUACAAAUCAAGUCUUAUCACAGAGAUCGUACUGCUAACGGCGAGCUUUUUAUGGAUGGCCGUUGGUACAAUUAACAUUUCAAUGUCUACAACGUGCCAGUCUACGAAUCCCUACGUUUGGUGGACUGUUUUUGUAUUUGUAACGUUCUUUUGGUACGGCACGCAAAAUGUGCGCACAACGUGA